CGGAUCAGCAGAUACAUCCACAGAGAGGGGAAAAGUAAACACAUGGCUCUCAGAAGUAUCACUCGUCUGCUCUCCAACACCCAAAAAUGUGUGGCUGUGACUGCCUCCAGAGCCCAGGGCACAGCUGCAGAAGUCCGCAAAGAUGUUGAAGAAGUCAAAAGGCCUGCAAAGGCACCCAAGGUAGCAUUCAACUGGAGGGACGCUCUGAAUCUGGAGGGUCAGUUGACAGAGGAGGAGAUCAUGAUCCGAGACUCCUUCCGUGACUACUGCCAGGAAAAACUCAUGCCCCGCAUCCUCAUGGCCAACAGACAUGAACAUUUCCAUCGUGAAAUUGUCUCAGAGAUGGGAGAACUGGGUGUUUUAGGCCCAACUAUCAAAGGUUAUGGCUGUGCAGGCACCAGUUACGUGGCAUAUGGUUUGAUUGCCAGAGAGGUCGAGAGAGUGGACAGCGGGUAUCGGUCUGUCAUGAGCGUCCAGUCUUCACUGGUCAUGCACCCUAUCAAUGCUUAUGGCACAGACGCCCAGAAGGAGAAGUACCUGCCCAGGCUUGCUCGUGGAGAAAUCCUUGGCUGCUUUGGUCUCACAGAGCCAAACCACGGCAGUGAUCCCAGCAGUAUGGAGACCAAGGCCAAGUACAACCCAUCCAGUGGUACCUUCUCUAUUAGUGGAGCUAAGACCUGGAUCACAAAUUCCCCUGUGGCAGACAUUGCAGUGGUGUGGGCUAAGUGUGAAGAUGGGAGGGUGCGGGGUUUCAUCUUGGAGCGUGGAAUGAAGGGUUUUGCCACCCCCAAGAUAGAGGGCAAGUUUUCCCUGAGGGCGUCCGCCACUGGCAUGAUCCUUAUGGAUGAAGUGGAAGUUCCCCAGGAGAACCUGCUGCCCAACGUCUCUGGCCUGGCUGGUCCCUUUGGCUGUCUUAACAAUGCCCGGUAUGGCAUUGCCUGGGGAGCUCUAGGAGCUGCUGAAUUCUGCUUCCAUGCGGCCAGACAAUACACUCUGGACAGAAUUCAGUUUGGGGUGCCACUGGCCAGGAACCAGCUGAUGCAGAAGAAGAUGGCGGACAUGCUGACAGAGAUCACGAUUGGACUGCAGUCGUGUCUGACCCUGGGAAGGCUUAUUGAUGAGAAGAAAGCGGCUCCAGAUAUGAUCUCUAUGUUGAAGAGGAAUAGCUGUGGAAAGGCUUUGGACAUCGCAAGACAAGCCAGAGACAUGCUGGGAGGGAACGGCAUCGCAGAUGAGUACCACAUCAUUCGUCACGUCAUGAACCUGGAGGCCGUCAACACAUACGAAGGUACUCAUGAUAUUCACGCCUUGAUCCUGGGUAGAGCUAUCACUGGACUGCAGUCUUUCACUGUUGAGAAGUGAAGCUUUUCAGCUGUCUUCCCCUUUGAAAAAGACUUGAGGUGGAACAUAUAGUACUUUACUACCAUCUGCCCUGUGAAACACAUGACCCUGUUCAGGAUUAUUAUGUGUUGCAGUUGUAUCAUUGUAUGGGGUACUAAAUAAAUCUAUAAUAAAGUAAAAAUACCUCAUCACAUCUACUGUAUGUGGUUUUAAACCACUGAUGUUUGUUACCUUUGGUAAAAAUGUAAAGUUAACCUAACAAAGCAUUGGGUCCAACUGAGAUAUGAUAUUUGUACAGUUAAAAUGUCAGAAAUAUUCUUCAGGCAUUUAAAAGGCAUUGUGCAUGUAAAAGUUGCUGCAUUAUGAAUUAUGUGUUGGUUUGUGAUAAAUUAAUAUGUAAAUAAAGGGCUUUGAAUG